GAUAUUAUUGUCUAUAUAGUCUAAAUUUUCUUUAUUGAAAAGAAAAGAAAAGAAAAGAUACGUGAUUGCUUUGAGAGACACUUUAAUUCAGCCAACUUAUAAAUUCAUUUCUUAUUUUUCCUAUCUAACUGAGUUUUCAUUUCUUUUCUUUUUUUAUCUAUCUCAUUUCUCUCAUCUUUCUUUCCUUUUUAUUUUUUAUUUUCUCUAGCUUUAGCUGGUUAUGGCUCUUCUAAUGGUUUGGAAGUGGAUGGAAUGACAAUUAUGAUGCAAAUGCAAGUCAACCUAUGUGUACAGGUAGGUACUUUUGAAGUGGUAUGGUGUCUCUCUUACUCUCUUGUUGUUCUCUCUCGUGUUUGCGUGGUCUCUUCUUCUCUUUUUCUAUCUGGUUGGUCUCUCUCUCUUUCCGUUUCCUUCAUCUGUCUCUCGUUGUCAUGGUAUUUUCUACCAGAACCCUUUACUACGUGUUACUUUUUUUCUUUAUUCCCUUUCUUUUCUCCUGUAAAAAUACUCUUUUAUUUAAAUAAAAAUGUUUGAUUAUUUAAAUCAUCCUGCUAUGAUGUUUUGUGUCUGUACCUAUUGCUACUAUCUAUUGUUGUGAUGAUUUAAUAAAAUGUAUCUUUGAGUGUAUCAUGUAGUGAAGUGUAUGAUAUGCUCUACUGUAUCAUCAACGAUAUCGUUAUUUUCGUUAAGAGAGAAGACGAACAGUCAACAGUAUACAGGUACAACUUGCUAUUAUCAUGGGUGGUGAUGAUGAUUG